AUGCUUGCUCAUGUGGCGCAAUUUGAUGGGCGUAUACAGAGGUUGGCGUUUACUACCGAAGUAAGCAACAGGAACAAGCUGCAGUGUGAACUUCAAGCGUUUUCGUUUUUGAAAAGGAAAACUUCGAUGGGAAACUCUACCGAGGCCGCUCCAGAUUUCAAGCGAAAGUUUCAGUCGACAACGGUGAAAUGUCACAACUGCGGUAAAAUAGGUCACCGAGCGUCCGAUUGCCGUUCCAGAAGUGAGGUGAAAGGCAAGGCAACCAGUGCUGCCACUUCAGCAUCAAGCUCUUCGGGACCGAGGCAGCGUUCGGACAUCAUCUGUUUCAGAUGCGGCAACGCCGGACAUUUUGCUACGAAAUGUCCACGUGGCAAUAGUGGAGGAGCUGGCGUGGCAGGAGGCGCUAGCAGUUCCGGAGCUGUGCCUGCAGCAGCGGCGAGUAACGAGAGGCGUGUGGAAGUUUGCUAUGUUAGCAAUCCCAGCGUCACGCUGAUGAACACAGUGGUGUGCCUAGAUCCCGGGUAA